GUGAGUUCUAGCCUACUGGUAUCAUCCAUAAUUUCCGUUUUCUGUUUAAUGUGUUAUCCGGUCAUUGCUCUUGUUCGUUAGUAUUUGACUAUUAAUUUAGUUACUUUUGUGAAAAGUUUAAGUUCCAUCUAAAUCAAUAGUAAUUUUACAUUUAUAUUUAUUAAUACCAUGACUUCAACAAACUUUAAUGUCGGAAUCGGUGAUAUUAAGCGGAAUACUAGCAAAGUUUUGAAACCACCUGGUGGUGGAAGCAGUGAUAUUUUUGGAACAGCUACUUGUGACGAAGUAAAUCCACAUAACCGAGGUAGAAAUCAGAAAAAUCUCCAAAGUUCUAUUAUUCUUGGUGGUCAAUCACCUCAACAUAGCAAUGGUUCUGCUGGUGAUCCAAGCGCUACAAACGGUUCUUCUGAUAAGCCUGAUGGCAAUCCUAUAACUGGAGAAGGUUAUGAAGCACCAAAAGCACCUGUUACACCAGCUAACCAUGUUUCUACCCAGUCAGCACCAGCUCCAGAACAAAAAAAAGCAUCUCGUGUACCACCUGGUGGCUAUAGCUCAGGUUUAUGGUAACAAUACAGCAGAAAGUUCUCAGCCAACAAUUUUAUUACAAUAUGCAUCGCUUUAUAUUUAUAAAAUAUAUUUAAUGAUGACUCAUGAUCAUUCUCAUCAAUUAAUUAAUCUAUUUUUUGGUUUAUAACAUAAGCUACUUACAUAGUGCUCAAGCGAGUAUGACUAAAGUUCUACAAACCUUGCAUUUGCAUUCUUAUUACUCAAGUGAUCAUUGUUUAUACUUUAUAAUGUUUGUGAAUUAAUUAUUCCUAAAAAAAAAAUUAUACCCAAUAAAAAAUAUUUUUACUUUUAUUA